UAAAACAAUUUGUUUUACUUUUUGCUAAAAAUAAAAGUUUUUUUUAAACAAAUUAUUUGUCAUUACUUCAACUGUGGAUCAGUUGUGGUGACAUUUCAUUGGGAUUUUUUGUUAUCAAUUUAUUGAUUGAUUAACUGACACAACAAUAAUCCACAAAAAUCGUGUUUUUCAGAGAUUUUUGUGAAAUUGUGUCCACAGUUUUGUUUGUUUCUCUACUAAACAAACCAUUUGAUGAUAAUGUCUGAAGAAGUCAAAUUAUUACAACCGCUUCAGUAUAUAAAUGAAUUUCUUAAAAACGGUGUCAGAACUGAUGGCAGAAAAGUGGAUGACUUUCGACCAAUGCUUUUGAAUUGCGACACUGUGGGAACCGCUAACGGGUCUGCAAUGGUUAAGUUUGGUAGCAGUACUGUCAUCUGCGGCAUAACCACUGAACUYAUUGAAGCAAAUCCCGAAACACCCGAAGAAGGCCUAAUCGAGAUUACAGUCGAAUUGCCUGCACUUUGUUCGGCCAAAUACUGUAUGACUGAUUCAACCAACGAUGCACUUGUAUUGACACAAUCGUUGAAUAACGCCAUCAAACAAAGCAAAAUCAUUGAUCUCAAGAAGUUAUGUGCCGUCGAGUCAAAGUUUGUAUGGAAACUCAACGUAUCUGUGAUUUGUCUCAAUAAUGACGGAAAUCUAUUGGAUUUAAGUCUAAUAGCAAUAGUCUCUGCAUUUCAUUCAUGUUCACUGAAAUCAAUUGUUAUCAAUGAAGAUAAUACCAUAACAUACGAAAAGCAAAGUAAACCUCUUGAAGUGAAAACAUAUCCGAUCGCAACAACAAUUGCUAUAAUUAAUUGUAUGUGUUUACCCGAUCCGUCGGCAGAUGAAGAAUGUUUAGCCGAUACUGUUAUCAAUAUUGUUGUCAAUGCAGAUACCGGUGUCAUUCAUUCGUGGUAUAUGACGGGAACUGCAAAACUUGAUAACAAUUUUUUUGGUAAAUGUUAUAAAAUUGCCAAAAAUAGGUCAAAAUUAUGA